GAAAAGAAGUUUCUUAAUAUGCCUGGUAGAGAAAUUUAUUGCACUGUAAACUUGGAUAUAUGGUAUUCCAUUGAUGGAGGAUAUAGACCUUAUGUUCCGCAAGAUCAACUUCAUAAUUAUAUAAGUUAUUCAGAGCAUAAGAGACGUCAAUU